CCUUUAUUUUAACUUUUUUUUUUUUUUUUGUUUCAAAGAAAUGAACUCAAUUUAUCUCAGCCACAUAAAUAUAAGGUUCAGUUGAGUACUUUUACCUUUAUUGGCCUAAUGGUAGCAAGUUUAAAAUCCAUAUGUUUGAUUCGAUUUAUACUUUUUCCCGGAAACGAAAUAUAAAAAUUCAUUAGAGGAAUGCACAAAGAGAGUUUAUUAUUUGGCUCUUAACUUCAUAUCUUCUUAUUUGUUAUUUUUAAAUUUGUUUUCUUCUUUUGCUUGGAGGGGUUGGUUGAUUUUUGGGAAGACUGUCUGUAAAGAUAGGUUUUGUUGGAUGAUUGUGGCUUACAAGCAGAGCAAUGAGUGACCGUCCAUAUGAACUCGGGAGGCCUGCCUCAGGUAAAAGAAGGUUAAAAGAUUUAUUGCUUAAAAGUGAUAAUCGCACUUGUGCUGAUUGUGGUGCUCCAGAUCCCAAAUGGGCGUCUGCAAAUAUUGGAGUCUUUAUAUGCUUAAAAUGUUGUGGUGUGCACAGAAGCCUUGGUACACAUAUCUCAAAGGUGUUGUCUGUGGCAUUGGAUGAUUGGUCUGAUGAUGAAAUUGAUGCGAUGGUUGAGGUUGGAGGAAAUUCUUCUGCUAAUUCAAUUUAUGAGGCUUUUAUUCCUGAAGGAGUCACAAAGCCUAAACCUAAUUCCAGCCAUGAGGAGCGAAUGAGAUUCAUCAGGUCAAAAUAUGAGCUUCAAGAAUUUUUGAAACCUAGCUUGCGGAUUGCUUCAGUUUCUUCUGGAAAGAGCUCUCUCCAAUCAUCUUUUUCUAGAAAGUUGAUGGAUAAUUUUCGAAGUUCAAACUCACAGAAAUUGGAAGGCAUGGUGGAGUAUAUUGGAUUGUUGAAAGUCAAAGUGAUAAGAGGCAAAAAUUUAGCAGUCAGAGACAUGCUAUCAAGUGAUCCCUAUGUUGUCCUGACACUUGGCCCACAGACUGUCCAGACACAGGUAAUAACGAGCAACUUGAAUCCAGUCUGGAAUGAGGAACUCAUGCUUUCUGUGCCCAUGGAUUAUGGGCCCAUAAAAGUGACAGCACAGCUUGGGGUGGAUAUUAAUCCAUGUCAAAUGCAAAGUCCCUGA